AGGGAAGGUGGACGUCAGCCUCUUUCGGGAGACUUUUCGUGUUAAUAUACGCUGCUGGAGCUCACAUUUGUCGAACACGCCGUGCAGAAUUUCCAGUGUGAAUGUGUAGACUUGAGUACGCGUCCGCCGGGUGUGUAGAGGGCAGUGAAGCUUUUCGUAGUUAGCAUCUUCCCUGAGCGGAGCGGUUUUCUGUGAACAUGAUUUGUACUUUUCUACGAGCUGUACAGUAUACGGAGAAGCUGCACAGGUCCUCGGGGAAGCGAUUGUCUUUGCCACACUUGGUGCUUAACAAAGCUUGUUUGAAGACUGACCCGGGUUUGAGGUGGGGGCUGCAAGAGCGGACGAAAACGGUGCGACCUAGCUGUAUUCUUGGAGUCACCCAGAAAACCAUCUGGACGCAGGGACAGAGCCCCCAGAGAGCAAAAGAGGACAGCAGCAAACAAGUGUCUGUGCACAGAAGUCAGAGAGGGGAACCCGCCAUCUCAACGUCACAGAAAGUGAAAGAAGCUGGAAGAGAUUUUACCUACUUAAUAGUGGUGCUUAUUGGAGUCAGCAUUACAGGUGGCUUGUUUUACACGAUUUUCAAAGAACUUUUUUCUUCAUCCAGUCCUAAUAAGAUAUAUGGGAAAGCCUUAGAAAAAUGCAGAUCACACCCCGAGGUAAUAAGUGUCUUUGGGGAGCCCGUGAAAGGCUUCGGGGAGGUGACGAGGCGCGGGCGAAGGCAGCACGUCAGUUUUAUUGAAUACGUAAAAGACGGGCUGAAACACAUGCGUGUGAAAUUCUACAUCCAGGGCUCCGAGCCUGGGAAGCAAGGAACCGUGCAUGUCGAAGUGAAAGAGAACCCAGAAAGUGGUGAAUAUGAAUUUCAGUAUAUAUUUGUAGAACUUGAACCCUACCCUAGAAGAACUAUUAUCAUUGAAGAUAAUCGAUCCUAAGAUAAUUAAAAGAAUCAAGCAAACAUGCUGUUUCCUGAUGGAUGCUGAACAGUGCAGACUCACAACUCUGAUCUUCACAGCUCUCUUCCAGAGUCUGUUUUGAAUAAGACAGGAAAGAGUAUAUAGCUCGUAAAAGUGAAUGUAACUGGGUAGUUGUUGCAUUUAGACAAACUGAAUUUGAGAUUUUCUUGUAGAGUGAAAAAUCAUGAAAUAGAGCAUAUUUUAUGUUAUCUCAUUGAAUCAUCAAUCAUGGACAGUAUUUGUGCUCUACUUAAUAUCAUCUUUUAUGAUAAGAAAUUUUUAUUAUUAAAAAUUUUCACUGUAAAUAAGAAAAUAGAGUUCAGUAUUUUAUGCUUUUUUA